AUGGGUGCUGAAUUCUUGACCCGUGGCAACACGUUCUCCGACGCAACUCCAUUCGAAAACGUCUUUGCAGCUUAUCGCACGGGCGAUGUGGACCAAGUCAAGGCCAGCCUUGAUCGGCUGAGAGACGAGCAUGCCAACUACCUCCGUAAGUCGCUCGCGGUGCUUGCAUUGCAGGCCAGACGCUCUGGCAUUCUCAAGCUUUGUCUUUACCAAGGGGGCUUUGCAUUUGAGUCCUAUUUCGUGGACGCCGCCGACAAAUUCCAGAAUGCCAGCGAUGAUCCCGAGACGUUCAAGGUCCUAGAGGAGUCCAGAUUUCGCGAGCUAUACCCACGGUCGACUGCGCGCACCGAAGAGGAUAGCGAGGAAGAGUCGGAGGGAGAGGAGGACCCAAGUGAAGUGUUUGACGAGGGCGGUAAACUCCCGGUUGAUUGGUAG